GUGCUGUCCAUCGCAUUUGCAAAUUGAGCCAUCUUCUUGGCAGAUCUUUAUAAAAAUUGUCUCAUUUCCCGAUUCCCCAUCACAAGGCUUGCAUAGUUCCAGAGAACAUCAUCUGAAUCUCAGUUUCAAUCUAUCUGCACAAGGAAGUAGUAUUUAAUAAUAAUACUCACCCAGAAAGAACCUCAUCAUACUUACUGCUUCUCAUUCUCAGCGUCUCAAGUUACAUCACAAUUUCAACCCAUUAUUCUGAAUUUUAAGCACAUUCAAAACCAGAAGACAAAGUAAAUUACGAGAAAACAAACAACUCCAAACUGAACAAAAUAAUGAGGCAGAUCAGUGUCAUCGUUGGGAUCGUUGUGCUCGGAAUUUUGGCCGUGUCGACAGUGGAGGCCAGAUAUCGGGGGCAAUUGGGUCCCAAUAUCCCCGAACUUUUGCACAAAGUUUACGGCGAGGUUGGCCGUGAUCGAUUUCACAACAUUUGGAAGGAAUUUCGCAACUCUGACCAGCAAGACGAUUUCUUGAUGUCCGACUUAUCUGACGAGGAACUCGCCCAACUUGGGACAGAUUUUGAACGACUUGGAAACAUUUUGGCAAAGGACCCAACUCUUGUCGACCUUUACGCAGACUUUGAACAAAACCUGAACAUUGAUGCCUUCAACGCCAUGGACGAAAAGCUGAACAACAGUCACACUUGGUGGGGACGAAUCAAAUUUUUUCUGUACAGAAAGAUGGAAAAGUUGGCCGAUGAGAUGAAAGGACAACGGCACUCGAACAACAACAUAAACUCGCUUUAACCCUUUCACCAGGGUUUAUAUUUAUAAUUUGGUUUGUAAAAUUCACAAUUUCAAAAAAAUUUGUUACGUUUACAAUUUUCUUUAAAGCAAUUACACAAUAAUUGAUUUUAAUUCGAAAACUGGUAAUUAUUUAUUUGCAGCAGCAUGGUUUUUUGUAAAGACUGGAGAGAUACACUUAGAUUUUGUUGGAGUUUUAGAUUAGUUUUGAGGUUUUUGUUGAUUUGUUCCUGUUACAGCAAGAUGAAAACCCGAAAAACAAAAGUAAUGCAGUAUUCUUCUUUAAUAAUAAGUUUUUAAUAGUUUAAGAUUAUUUUUGUAAAUUGUGUUUUUUUAAAUAUACGUACGUAGUUUGUUAGAAGUUCACACGAGUAAGUUACACGAUUCAUUGAAUUUGUCCAUUACUUUUUAAUGGAAAAACAGUUUUCAUCGUCACAAUUCAUUUAUUAUCAAACAGCAAGUUCAUUGCUUUUCGUUUCACUUUUAAAUUGGUCACUUUAAUAAAUAAAAGAUUUAUUUUAUGCGUUA